UAAAAAUUCCAGAUGCAAAACGACACGUGUCAGGACGACAGUGUUCCCAUAUUACUAUAAAAAGCCACUGGCUUCUACUAGUUUCAAAUCAUCCCAAAGCUUCUAAGAGCCCAAAGAUGUCUUCCAAAUACUUGCUAGUGUUUCUUCUUGGAGUGGUGGCUUUCACCACCACAACUCCUUCUCUUGCUGAUAACCAUGACCCAAAGCCACAAAUCUACAAGCCUCCAAUUUCCGUACCCCCAAUUUACAAGCCUCCACCAGUUGACAAGCCACCCCACAACGAACACCAUUUGUUAGAGGUGGAGGGCCAAUUUCCCAAGGGAGAAAAGCCACCUCCAGAGCGCAAUGACCAGCCUCCCCAGGUACAAAAGCCACCACCAGAGCGCAAUGACCAGCCUCCAAAGGGAAAGAAGCCUCCACCAGAGAACAAUGAGCCUCCAAAGGGAAAAAAGCCUCCACCAGAGAACAAUGAGCCUCCUAAGGGACAAAAGCCACCACCAAAGGAGAAACCAGGUGAUGAGCCUCACAAGGAUGAGAAGCCACCACCUGAGCACCCGGGAGAUGAGCCACCGAGAAAAGGAGAGAAACCACCACCUGAGCAUGAACCAGGACACCCAAGAGAUGAGCCACCAAGAAAAGGAGAGAAGCCACCACCAGAGCACAAAGGAAACCCGGGCAACGACGAGCCUCCAAAGGGUGAGAAGCCGCCUCAUCACAAACAAGAAACCAGAACUCGUUUGCUAGAGGAGCCAUUGGAUGGGAAAUUGCCUCCUCAGGGAAAGAAGCCGAAGCCACCCACAAAACCCAAGCCACCAACCCCACUUGAUGAGCACAAGCCAUUCCCAGAGCCCAAGCCAGAGCCCAAGCCCGAGCCCAAGCCAGAACCAAAGCCAGUUGAUCAGCCUCCAAAGGGUGAGAAGCCGCCUCAUCACAUACAAGAAACCAGAACUCGUUUGCUAGAGGAGCCAUUGGAUGGGAAAUUGCCUCCUCAGGGAAAGAAGCCGGAGCCACCCACAAAACCCAAGCCACCAACCCCACUUGAUGAGCACAAGCCAUUCCCAGAGCCCAAGCCAGAGCCCAAGCCAGAACCAAAGCCAGUUGAUCAGCCUCCAAAGGGUGAGAAACCGCCUCAUCACAAACAAGAAACCAGAACUCGUUUGCUAGAGGAGCCAUUGGAUGGGAAAUUGCCUCCUCAGGGAAAGAAGCCGAAGCCACCCACAAAACCCAAGCCACCAACCCCACUUGAUGAGCACAAGCCAUUCCCAGAGCCCAAGCCAGAGCCCAAGCCAGUUGAUCAGCCUCCUAAGGGCAAGGGAGACAAGCCACCUCAUCACGAUCGCCAUCUUGAACAGAAUGUGGUGGAGGGUGGAAGAGACCCAUCAAAGCCACCGAGGAAACUAAAGCCCCCAACUGGCCCUGUCAAGCCACCUCACAAACUUCCAUUUCCCAACUGAAACUGAUCAUGCAUGCAUGAAUGACUAGCUCUGAUCAUGCAUGCAUGAAUGACUAGCUUGCUAAGUUCAUGUCAUUACGUAGAAUAAGAGAUGUGUUAUGUGUGUUUAAUUUCUUGUAAUGUCACUGUGAUGUACGGAUCGGUUUCGACUAUAGCAGUAGUAAUGUGCUCUUCUCAUGUAAAGCAUCCGGUGUCAUUUGUGUUGUUAUUAUAUAUAAACUACGCUUUUCUUCCCCUUUUAA